AUGCAACACGAAAACUGCACCCUCUCGACAAAUGUUGUUGUAGCAGCACUGGGUCUACUUGCAGUGGAAAUUUACUUCGAGGAUAUUGAAAGGAACUUGAUAGUGAAAAGUUUAAUUCUUUCGAAUGAUUCUCAAACUUCCCAAAUACUCACCCAGAAGACCAUCGUCGAUCUUCAAGUCCACCUCUUCAAUAUUACGAACUCUGAAGAAGUUGUUGGUUCAGAGGCGAAACCAAAAUUGCAGACAGUUGGGCCAUAUGUAUAUAGAAGAGAAACGAAAAAGGAGGAUAUUACCUACACGGACGAAUGUGAAUCUAAGAAAUGCCUGGAGUACUCCGAAUCUAGCCAAAUGUACUUCGAGGCGAACAAGUCAUCAGCAUUUCCUGAAAAUGAAACAAUAACCGUUCCAAAUAUAGUUAGAGUACUAAACGAUACGUUCGAUGGACCUUUCACCAUCAAUACUGGCGAAGGUGAUAUUACGAAACUCGGAGAGUUGGAAGCGUUUAAGGGAAUGACAUUAAAUGACAUUUGGGACACUGAUUACGCAAACAUGCUUAACGGAACAAGUAAGAAUAAAAAAGUUUCAUAA